UUCGAAUAUCGCAAAGAAUGGCAUCAAAGGCGGAGGCGAAGAAGCAAUUUGAGGAUGUUUUCCCCGAGCUUGUCGAGGAGUUGUUGGCGCACCUUCGCUCAAUCAACAUGCCCUCCGAGGCCAUUGAGUGGUAUGAGAAGAACUUGAUGCACAACACUAUGGGCGGUAAGCUCAACCGCGGUCUUUCCGUCGUCGAUACCUACCAAAUCUUGACUGGCGGAAAGCCCCUCGACCGUGAGACCUAUAAGAGGGCCGCUUUGCUCGGCUGGUGUGUUGAGCUCUUGCAGGCGUUCUUCUUGGUCGCCGAUGACAUCAUGGACCAGUCGAAGACCCGGCGUGGACAGCCGUGUUGGUACCUUGUUCCCGGAGUUGGUAACAUUGCCAUCAACGACUCCUUCAUGCUCGAGUCUGCCAUCUUCUUCCUCCUCAAGAAGCACUUCAGACAGGAAUCUUACUACGUCGACCUCUUGGAGCUCUUCCACGAUGUUACUUUCCAGACCGAGCUGGGUCAGCUUCUCGACUUGAUCACCGCCGACGAGCACGUCGUUGACUUGUCCAAGUUCUCCCUGCAGAAGCACUCCUUCAUCGUCAUCUACAAGACUGCUUUCUACUCCUUCUACCUCCCUGUCGCCCUUGCCAUGUACAUGGCAGGUAUCUCCGACGAGAAGGACCUGAAGCAGGCUCACGAUGUCCUUAUUCCCUUGGGAGAGUACUUUCAGGUUCAGGACGACUUCCUUGACUGCUACGGUGACCCGGCUGUUACUGGAAAGAUUGGAACGGAUAUCCUGGACAACAAAUGCGGUUGGUUGAUCAACAAGGCUUUGCAGACGGCAUCGCCUGAGCAGCGUAAGGUUUUGGACGAGAACUAUGGUCGCAAGGACUCUGCUUGCGAGGCCCGCGUCAAGGCUGUCUUCGACGAGCUUAACGUAAAGGGAGAUUACGAAGCUUAUGAGGAGAAGACCGUCGAGAAGUUGCGCAAGGACAUCAGCUCUGUCGACGAGUCGCGAGGAUUUAAGGGUCAGGUUCUGGAUGCAUUUUUGGGCAAGAUCUACAAGAGGCAAAAGUAAAGGUAAUCAUAUAUGGUUGAUUGAUCUACAAGUAGACCAAGAAAAGAGUUCAAUCUAGUCACCAAAUUUUAAUCGCCAAGUACAGCGAAAUAGGUUCCUUCGUUCACUUUGAGAAGGACACCGACCGGACCACGUAUCUACCUCCAACACCAACAAUGCAUCAUGCUCCGCACAUAUCCUGCCGAAAGCACCAUAUCCGUAGAAUUUCCCAUGCCUCCCUUAACUAAAAACAAUUUUUGAAUUCAAAUAUCCAUCAA